AAUAAAAAAGAAUGUUUGAAGUUGAGCCCAUUAUUGUUGAUCAUAAAGAUGUUAUACACGAUGUCGUAUUCGAUUAUUACGGCCGCAGAAUGGCAACAUGUUCCAGCGAUCAAACAGUAAAGAUAUGGGAUGAAAAUGAACAAGGCAAAUGGUCGGUGACAUCAAGUUGGAAGGCACACUCGGGUUCAAUAUGGCGUGUAUCGUGGGCUCAUCCAGAAUUUGGUCAAGUUUUGGCCACGUGCUCUUUUGACAGAACUGCCUCCGUAUGGGAAGAGGUAUUGGGUGAAAAAGUUGGCGGCACAAUGACUCCAGCUCGUCGCUGGGUCAAACGUACCAUCCUCGUUGAUUCUCGUACAAGUGUCACGGACGUUGAAUUUGCACCGAAAUAUUUGGGUUUACUACUGGCCACAGCUUCGGCCGACGGUGUUAUACGUAUCUAUGAAGCUCCCGAUAUUAUGAAUUUAAGUCAAUGGUCGGUGCAACAUGAAAUCACAAAUAAAUUGCCACUGAGUUGUUUAUCGUGGAAUACGUCAAUGUAUAUGUUGUCGUCACAAUUGUUGGCUGCUGGCAGCGAUGAAACGGCCACAGCAACGGGUAAAGUUUUUAUUUUCGCCUACAGUGAAAAUGCCCGCAAAUGUGUUAAGGUCGAUACAAUUAAUGACAUCACGGAUCCUGUUACCGAUUUAGCAUUUGCCCCGAAUGCAGGUCGAAGCUUCCAUAUGCUGGCUGUGGCUAGUAAAGAUUUGUAUAUUGUUAAUAUUCGUGGAACAAGUGAUGCCACCGGCACCUCCAAACUAGAUAUACAAACAGUUAAACACACCGAUCACAAUUGUCCAGUGUGGCGUGUAUGCUGGAACAUGUUGGCCACCAUGUUGAUUUCGACCGGUGAUGAUGGUUGUGUACGGAUAUGGAGAAUGAAUUAUAGCAAAAAAUGGAAAUGUGCUGCUGUGCUAAAAGCUGAGGGUUCAGGUCCCUCAUAUGAACCGGCAUUGAAUUCACCUAGUUUUUCUAGUUCGGCAGCAGCAACAGUAAAAUACUAUAAAAAGGGUAUCAUAAGUAAUCCCAAUCAAGUGCCAUGGCAUUGAAAAAAAA